AUGCUCAUGGCCUGCUUCUCUUUGUGCAAUGCUUCCUUGCCCAUCGCGUCUCAUGUGUGCAAGCUCCGCAUGGCCGCGGCCAGCAAGUACUUAGUCCGAGUCAGAGUCGGACUUCACGUCCUGCUGGAUAUCAUCUUCUUGGUCAGAGCAGCAAGCUUGAUGCUGCAGAGUUGGCUGGCCAGUCUUAGUGGCAGGGUGUUUGAUUUUAUCUUGGACACGUGUUUCAGAGUUGCGCCAUCCUUCCUUCAGGUAUACACUUUUGAAAGCAUGGGGCAGUCAGAGGACACAUCUAGGAACGUCAUCUCCAACAUCCUUGCCACGACGGUCCCAGAAGCGGCGAAACAUGUGCAGAGCCAAGUGGAGCUUAAGGCUGGGCUUGCGCCGAAAUUGUCCCUGCAGAUUGUCGCAGUGAUCGCUGGCUUUUUGCUGCUUUCAGCCAUCACAGCGUGGUCCUUGCGCCCAAGUGCCUCAAGGCUUGGCUUUGGACGAUGCCUGAACUCCGCGAUUUGCGGGCCGUUGUAUUUGCUGGCUGGGGAAGACCGCUCUGUGCCAGAGACGUGCGGUUAUGUGUGGAGGCUGAUUUGCCUCAGAGGGCUGUUCCUGGCCUCCAUGGUGGCGUUUGCCUGGCAAGACGUGAAAGCAACUCACGCUGAAGUGUUUUUUGCCCCCUGCAGCAAUGAGAAUGUGUCGUACCGCAUGCUUGCGCUGGCUGGCGUUUGUUCUGGCCCACACUGGCACAGGCUUUUCUGCUGUCGCUGCCAUCAAGAGUUCUGCCCAGCAGAGUUUGGGGCAACACGAAGCUGA